AUGGAUGGUAUCGUUUACUCUUCUGUUUGCUUUAUUAAGGAAGUGGUUUACGCUGAAGUCAUCGAGUAUGAGUUGAGGAUGAUAGUAGAGGGCAAGGGGGCUGAGGAAGAUGUGGAGUUGCUCACUGAGGUUAUAUGCCUUGUCAUGACAGCAAUGACAGCUUGUUCGAAUGAAGUAGCGGCGUCAGGUGGCGAGGGUCAGGUGGAUAAACUCGUGGACCAGGAGUUUAUGGUGGCUGCUUUGGAUGCUACGAUAGCGCGGCAUUCUCGGUGCUCACUAUUGGCAAACGCAGUCCUCGAGCUGAGUAGGGCAUUGGGCCAAUUGGGGGGGAAGGGAGUUAUUGCUGAUGCCCUGGUAUGCGAGAAGGAAGCUGUGGAGAAGUGUCUGGCAGGAGAGGGAGGGAGGUCUAUGGGGUCGUCCAGGAGUUUCUCUACCCUCAACAUCAUCGUCUCUGCUGCCUCUUGCUGCCUCUACCACCCCGUCGACUGGGAUGACACUAAGUGGGUGGGGGCAUCGACUCCUGUGGGGUGGCCGGAUGAGGGGGAUGCCCAGUUGGGUAGCCGAGAUGAAGAUUCUGGGGAGGGGAGGAGCAUGAACGAGUCAAUAGACUUGGUGGAGGCUGAUGUUAGCGAAGGCUCGAGUGUCUCUGAUAAUGGGCAGGAAUACUCUUGUUUUAGUUCCAAAGCUCCUCCUCCUCCUCCUCGACGGCGGGCGUACCAAAAGCACCUCCGAGUAGCUCAAGCAUCUUGGGGCAUGGGCCACACUCCCCAGGAGAACAACAACAACAGAUGGGAUAUGGUGGAAGAAAUCACGGAGGGAGAAACCCCACCAUUUAGGAGGCAACAACAGCAGCAGCAGACGCCCCCACAGCCGGACCGGGACCCCGGCGAUGAAGACCUCCAUAACGUUCUGAGACAACUACGCAAGAUGACAAGUGGCAAUAAAGCAGCUACAAGCAAUGCAUUGGAGUGGAUAACGCAUGAGCUGCAGAGAGUCUUCGCGACGGAGCAUGCCAAGAGUGAUGCUGGUCUGGAUUUGGCAAUUCUCACGGGCAUCUGUGAGCAGUGCGGGAAGCUGGGUUAUGAUGGUCCUGUUAGGGAUAUGUGCGCUUACGCUGCACCCCGUCUGGCUGGGAGUACCCCUCGGGUUGCUGUACAAAUGUUGUGGGCGCAUGUGAAGGUUGGAUUAAAUGAGGCGGAGUUUUUACGUGCUGAAGUCACGUACCUCUGUAAGCAUCUGUCGGUGUAUGUAGCCCAAGACAUCUCUCGAUCGAUUUGGGCCUUUGCCAAGAUCGACUGGUAUGAGGGUAUCGACUUCAGUGCGGUCUGCGAUAGAAUUUUAUCCCAAGCGGAUAAGUACAAUCCCCAGGACCUGUCCAUGACGUUGUGGGGACUAAGUCGGUUGGUCGUUCACAUAUCGGAUCGAUCUCGUGUGAAGAUGGUCUUCGAGCGCUGUGGAUAUGUUGCUCUCAUGCACGCACAGGCUGGAAGGCUCAAUCCUCAAGAUGUUGCCACUAUUCUGAAGUCCUUUGGUCGUGUUGGCAUAAAACAUGAUGACCUCAUCGCAGCAUGCCAAGUUUAUGUUGCACAGUUUGCGUCCAAGUUCACUUGUGAAGAUCUGACCUCAGCAGCAUGGGGACUAUGUAAACUCGGCUAUCACGACUCGGUAUGUUGUGAUGCUAUAGCAAGGCAACUGGAUGAACAUCUUGAUAAAUACUCACCGGCUCAACUGAGCACAUGUCUAUGGGCAUUAGCAUACAUGGGCAUGGAUCUGGCUGCAAAGGACCCCCAGUUGGUUGAUGCCACGGCAGCUUACGUGAAGUCUAAGAGCUUCCGAUUCUGUAUAGCUGAUAUAUCGACCAUCUUGAGCGCCUAUGGGAGAAUGGGCGUUUGUGAUUGCUGUGCCAUCGACGCUUUAGCCGACCGUGCUAAUCUGAUUAACUCUACUACUGGUCUAGCAGCUCAGGACGCGGCGAUGAUCCUACAUGGUAUCGUCAAACUCGGCCAUACGGGUUCUAACUCAGUGAUGCCACUCAUCGAGGAGAUAUGUGAUGUACUGCGUGAUGACCUCGCUAGCUUGUCGGCACAGAGUGUCUCCCUAUGUUUGUGGAGUGUCGUUAGGAUGGGUCAGACUGAGGACUACCCGGAUUUGAUUGAAGCCUGCGCGAGGAAGCUCCGUGAUGAUGCUCCUGAGUUGGCCCCUCACUGUCUGUCGAACUCCAUGUGGGCCCUAGCCAAUACGGCCUAUGGUGAUGCGUCACUAUGGGAGGAGCUGGCGGAGUGCUGUGUGAAGCAAGUGACGACGUUCUGUAUUCACGACUAUGCUAAUGUGUUGACGGCAUUGGCGAAGAAGUCGAGGGACUUGCCUACAUUGAAGGACUCCUUCACCAGGAUUGCAGCUAUGCUUUUUGUGAUGAGAGUGGACGACGAGAACUGUACUUGUGGUAAGGUAACCAAGUAUGACUUGGGACGUCUGAGAUGGUCCUUUAGGGAGGCCGGUAUGAACAACUCACCAGCAUGGUUUGAAGGUGUCUCUACUGCUCCUGCUAUCCAUGAUGCCUCCCUAUCACCUAUGCUAGUCUUGGAUGGUGUUAUUGAAGUGGACCCUCAGCCAUGUACGGGGCAUUGUCCUCAUCUGGGGUCGAGGAUGGCUAUGGGAGGUGGCGAUGCUGCUGCUGUUGGUAUCGGCUCUUUUACAAGAAUGCCAUCACAAGACACGUCCAGUGGUGGUGGCAAUAAAUCUGUCUUAGACGAUGUGAUACCGGGCAGCAUGGCUCAUCUGGAAGACCCCAGUCGAUACCUGACUGGGCUAUCUGAUUGGCAACAACAAAUGUUGGGGAUGAAUGCUAGCACGAGUGAUGCGGCUUUCGGAGGCUCGGUUGAUCCUAGCAGUCCGAAGGGUAGUUCCUACGACCAAGGAGAUGGCAGCGCUGCAGUGCCUGUGUCGGUGAAGAACACAUUCCUGAAUUUCGAAGACCAAGCGAACAUGCUAGCAGCAGCGGGAAGGCCGAAGUCGAUCUGAUCAUUGCCAUACUGGGAUGGACAGUGCACGACGUACUAGUCUUCUUAUUCUCGCUUUCCUACAUACGCCCUCAAGUUAACAUUCAUCGUACUAAACAUUGUCGUUGCCAGUUUUCGCUCUUUACCACACCAUUUGAGUACUAACUCCCUGGAUUGAAAUCAAGGAUGGUCGUCGUAGAGCCUCUUAUCGAGUUGUAUCCUUUCUGAAGGCUCAGUGGUUGCUAUCCUUAUAUAUUGGUAAUCUUGUAAGCUUGUGGACCAUCUAUCUCGACGGCUA